UGUUACACGUUCCCUUUGGUGUCUGCCAUUGCCGAGUCUCGUGUUGCACUUUUAACUUCAGUCGGUUUUUUCCUUCCAGACCUGAUUAAUUAUGGCGUUCGGCGAUCUUAAAACCGAAAAAGGUGUUAAGGCAUUAAAUGAUUAUCUUGCCGACAGAAGCUACAUUGAAGGAUAUGAACCGUCUCAGGCUGAUGUGACGACGUUCAAAGCUCUGGGAAAGGCUCCUGCCAGUAGCCACCCUCAUGCUCUUCGUUGGUACAAUCACAUCAAUUCAUUUGGGUCUGAAACCAGCAAAUUUCCAAGUGCCUCAUCUGCUGCUCCAGUAGCAGAUAGCAAGCCAGUGCCAGCUGAUGAUGAUGAUGAUGAUGUUGAUCUGUUUGGUUCUGAUGAUGAAGAGGAUGAGGCUGCUGAGAAGAUUAAGCAGGAAAGAAUUAAAGCCUACAGUGAAAAAAAAUCCAAAAAACCUGCUCUUAUUCCUAAGUCAUCCAUUGUCCUAGAUGUUAAACCCUGGGAUGAUGAGACAAAUAUGGAAGAAAUGGAAAAAUCUGUCAGAACCAUCACAUGUGAAGGACUUAUUUGGGGUCAAUCCAAAUUUGUACCAUUAGCCUAUGGUAUCAAGAAACUCCAAAUCGGAUGUGUCAUUGAAGAUGACAAAGUUUCAGUAGAUUGGCUGACUGAAGAGAUUCAGAACUUCGAAGACUUGGUUCAAUCCAUCGAUAUUGCCGCUUUCAAUAAAAUUUAAAACAUGUUUUGAGUGAGUUCAGCUGGAUCUGUUAUCAGAUAUUUUGAAAGCUAAUCAUGCAAAGUGCCUGGUUUCACCAUUACUGGCUGGUUGGAAUACACAUGCUGGAUCGGAA